CCAAAUUGAUUACAUGUACAGGUAAAUCUCAGUUUAUGCUCAGUGAUGGGGUUAGAGGUAAACAUGAGGUGAUCGUCUUGGACCGGUGGAUCGUAUGGGGAAUCUGGGAAACAAUAUGAAACAGGUUCUAUCAAGGUUUGUUGUAGUCCCGUCCACGGAAUUAUCCCACCAGUAGGGAGGUCCGCCGCAGAUCCCUAACUAUGAGUAUCCAGCAGGGUAAAUCACCCAGACCAGCUGUGCCCAUGUCCCGUCGCGGGGCCCAACUCUGGCUAAAUCAGACUCCAUAAUUCCUUAGCCAAAAUCAACUUUCGGGCACUGAACAUCCGCCGAGGAUACGACCUUAGUGUGUACAAAACCCCCCUAGGCAUCGCCUCCUUUCUCGGGUCCGCCCUACCGGUUUCCUAGCCAAGACUCGCUUACUGUAUGUUUCGAGUGACCGCUCGAAGAGUCCAGCCAUGUUGUCUCUCACACGCUGGGCAGCUAUCGCUGCUUCAUUGUUGCUCUUGUCCCCUCACACUUCUGCCGUCCCUACCCCAGAAGAUGCCGGAUCGAGCCGGGAUGCUCUGGCUCCUAGACAAGAUGCCGACUGGCACUGGGUCGCCACAUGGACGUCGAUGCCACAGCUAGUCGAGCCGAACAACAUGCCCCCGUCGCCUUUUAACGGAGGCGGCGGCGUAUUCCGCGACGCCACGCUGCGGCAGACCCUGCACCUCUCCAUCGGCGCGGAGCGGCUCCGCCUGCAAAUCAGCAACACCUUCGGCGGCAGCGACCUGCCCAUCACGGCGGCCUCCAUCGCCCUCCCGCAAGGCGGCAAGGCCGGCGUAGCAGGCAUCGACGCAGCCACGGUCAAACCCCUCACCUUCAACAACGGCUCGGCCUCGACGACCAUCCCGCGCGGGCAGGUCGCCUACACGGACCCGAUCGACUUCCCCGUGGCGGCCCAAGCCAACAUCGCCGUCUCCCUCUACUCCCAGGCGGGCCAGUCCGGCAGCAGCAUCACGGGCCACCCGGGCAGCCGCACGACGUCGCACAUGCAGAGCGGCAACCGGGUCGACGCGGCCACGCUCUCGGGCGGCGCCAGCACCAAGCACUGGUACUUUGUCUCGGCGGUCGAGGCGUGGGCGGAGCCGACGACCCACGCGUUUGUGAUCCUCGGUGACAGCAUCACGGACGGGCGCGGCAGCAACGACGACGGGAAUGAUCGCUGGCCGGAUCUGCUGCUGGCGCGCAUGCAGGCGGCGGGGAACCUGAGCCAUGUGGGUGUGAACAACCAGGCGGCGGGGGGGAAUGCGGUGCUGUCGGGCGGGUUGGGACCCACGCUGCUGACGCGGUACGAGCGGGACGCGCUGCAGGUGGCCGGGGUGAAGUGGGUGAUGGUGUUUGAGGGGGUGAAUGAUAUUGGGGGCGGUGGGACGGAUUCCGGGACGCAGAAUGGGAUUGGGACUAGGUUGCAGGCGGCGUAUGAGAAGAUUGCGAGUGAUUGCAAGGCGGCGGGGAUUAAGACGAUUGGGGGGACCAUCACGCCGUUUGGGGGGAACGGGCAGUCCUAUUCGAACCCCGUGCGUGAGCAGACCCGCGUCAAGGUGAAUGAGUGGAUUCUGAGCAGCGGCACGUUCGAUGCGACGGUGGACUUUGCGACGCUGAUUGGGGAUCCGGCGACCAAGAGCCAGUUGGCCAGGCAGUACGAUGGCGGAGACCAUCUGCAUCCGAAUGUGGCGGGAUUUCAGGCGAUGGCGGAUGGGUUUCCCUUGGACUUCUUUGAGUGAGGUGGGGGGGUAGGGAAGGAGGCGGUCGAAUACCUAGUGCAUAGCCGUGGCGAAGAUGGGAGAUGUAUUAUGUAAAUAAGUGGUUGACCGAGCAGGAGAUGCCACCAGUACAAAUGCAACGGGAAAAUGGGGGCAUUGUUGGCCAUCAACAGUGGCCCUCUAAAGCCUGUACCUCGCCAUCCAGCAAUGCUUUGGAUUUGAGAGACCGGCUUUUGAUCGAGCUCCUGAACGGCAAGACGGAA